AUGGUUAACGUGCCUAAAACGAGAAAAACUUUCUGCAAGAGUUCAAAGUGCAAGAGGCACACUACUCAUAAAGUUACUCAGUAUAAGGCUGGUAAAGCUAGUCUUUAUACUAGAGGAAAAAGGCGUUAUGACCGCAAACAGAAAGGCUAUGGUGGUCAGACUAAGCCUAUUUUCCGGAAGAAGGCUAAGACUACCAAAAAAAUCGUUCUGAGGUUGGAAUGCAACGAAUGCAAAUAUAAGCAGCAACUUAAAAUUAAAAGAUGCAAGCAUUUCGAGCUCGGUGGAGAUAAGAAGAAGAAGGGUCAAAUGAUUCAAUUUUAA